ACGUGCCAUAGUCGUGUUUUCCUCCCAUUAUCCUUCCGCUUCCAUCCACCGCUCGAAAAAGCCGCAGUCUAGGAGGCCAUAGGAGACCAAAAUUGACUCACACUUGCAUCUCACGUGUCUCUGAACCCCGCUCCCCUCCUCUGGCGGUAAAUACCAGCCGUCGGUCGCGAUGCCUGAUUCCCUGAGGUUUCCGUCGCUUUGUUUCUGCCACCCCGCUCCAGGCUGAGAGAAUUGUUAUCUGCUUCCUUCAUGAAUGACCUGAACUUAUGUAUUCGCAACGACCAUCGCCCCCAUCGCUGAAGCGAUCGGUGUCUGGCGACAGCCAGAGCAGCUAUGCGAGCCAGGCCACAACCGUUUCGCGCGCCAGUUCGAAAUUGUUGUUUGGUGAGAUCCCGCUGACGCCAGCGACCUCAAUCGGAGGGAGAUCUCUGCGCUCCAACAGCUCCGUCUGCUGUAACUUGGUCCAUACGACAAACGUCGAUUUUUUGCGCUUCUGGAUGAACGACAACUGUCGGGAAAAUCUGCUUGCACACCUCGAGGAAGAAGACCUGCCCAACCUUCGUCUCGUUUGCCAUGACUUCUCUGCGCGCGUUGCGCCUCAUCUUUUUGAGUAUCUCACUGUUACCUUCAAGCCAUCCACCUUUACCAAACCUGCCCGCAUGGAGGCACUGUCUAGGAUUGGCUAUCACGUGAAGACCUUGACCUUCCAUAUGCCUCACGACCCCAACACAUUCCUUCCACCCAUCAUAGACCCCAUCACGGGAGAAGAAAGACAAUUCAUCUACGAGCCUCAGCUCCAAACGGCCCCGCAUAUCCCUGGAAAGGAGCAGCCGCCCAAGUAUGGAACCGUCGAGAUGACCAACCUGCUCAUCGCGCAGUAUCCGCCUCUUUUCCAUGCUGCGACCAAUGUACCGGCAUUCGUGGCUGCGUUCUCCGAGUUCAUCAACCUGACCCAUCUCAAGAUCUCGUGCCCAGGGUACGACUAUACACCCCGCUAUCGUCGCACCGCGGUCGACUAUGCGCUCAUCUCCCUCCGCAUCGCCGUGGAGCGCGCUCCUCUCUUCAGCCUGCAUACCCUGUCCAUGGUCCCCAUCCACCCCGGCGGUUUGCUCUACCUGCACCCCAUGUCCGGAUUCGGCAGCACGCAGACGUCGGCCAGACGCUGGUGUCAAAUCCGCAGACUCUCCAUCUGCAUGGAUGCCAUCGACCUGAGCGUAACCACUCCGCGGGUACGCGCCCACAACCUCGAGAAUCUGCGCACUCUGCAUGCCUAUCUCCGGACCCUCUCGCGCGGCCUGACCCGUCUCUUCUUCCGCUGGAAAGGCGCACGCGGGCCCUCCCCCCUUUCCCUGGACCGCGAACCCUGCAUGCAGCCCUCGCCAGAGGAUCUCAUGCACCCCAGCAUGGCGGGCGAGGUGCGCGGACCGCGGCCCAUCAAGUUCCCCCGCCUGCGCUACAUGGAGCUGGAAAACGCAGUCAUGGACUCGGCCCAGAUAUCCGAUUUCAUCCAAAAGCACCGCCGCUCGCUGGUGGAGUUCAACUUCGAGGACGUCAAGCUGCGCGAGGGGAACUGGGAUGAGGCGCUCGAGCCGUUGACGCUGAUCACGGGCAGCGAUGACUGGAAGCGGAAUCAGGAAGAGGUCAUGGAUGUGCCGAUUAUCCUCAGCCCCGUGGAGAUUGUGGGCGAUGGGACGAGGGUGAUGGGGCCGUUGAUGGAGGAGGAACAUCACAGCCAUUUCUCCAGGUGGUUGAUGAAGAGCCAUGCGAAUAAGAUGGCGACGUCGCCCGUGUUGGGGGUGCCGAGGCGGAAAGGCGCCAAGGAGACGUUCUUGGGCAGCGAGCAUAUGAGGCGGUUCCUGAGGGAUACAUUGUUCCCGAACUGGAAGUGA